AUGGAGGUACUUCCGAACGCCAUGGAUGGUCAAGCAGAUCGAUUGGACGAGGCAAUGAACGUCUUGUCCCAUCUGCUGGUCGAUCUCGAGUCAGAGCUCAAAGACAUUGCAAAGAACGAUGCAACGAAACUGCCUCCGAUACCGUCGUCUGAAGGCCUCACCAACAAGUCGGGUCAGCUGGACAGCGCCCUGAACGUCUUGAAUGCACAGCUUAUCGAGCUGGAGAACGAGCUGCAGAAGGACGGCUUUGCACCAAGUAUUGGCGACGGGAAGCUCGAGGAGACCAAGGAAGCCAAGAUUCAAGCUUCGAACCAAGGUGAGAAAGGGCAGACGCCAAAGCAGACCACCGAGGUGCUAGCAACGCCAUUGAAUGGGGUGCCUACAAUGCUCUUGCGCACACAGCCCGGGCAGCCGCAGCUACCCACUGGAGUCGCCAAGGCGCUUCCGGGUGCUCCUGUCAUGGCACAGAUGCCCUUGGGCUGGAGGCUCCCCGAGCAGAGGUUGCCUCAGGCACCUCCACAGCAGUUUCAGCCGCGGACAUCACCCCGCCCCAGCAGACUGUCCCAGGAGCCAGCGGGGCAGAAGCUCGCUGUAGCGCCACCUCAGGUUGCGUCCGGUGCAGCCAUGGCUUCUGCAGCGAUGUCUGCCACGGCAAACAUGACGCCGUCAACUGCACCAGUGCUGACAUAUUCUGGUCGGGCCAUUAGCCCGGCUCCGGUUGGCACAGGCAAAGCAAGGCAGCCUGCGACACCACCGCCUUUGGUGCUCUCGGGUUCGGCGUUCCGAUCGCCUUCGGAAGGGCGCAUUGGUGCCUUCCGACCUGAGCUGGCGAAGUCUCCCAUGCAGAGGCAGCAUCCAGAUGGAUGGCGGUCCCCGGCCGCGCUGCCAACUGCUCCUUCGGCGUUUCCCAUGUGCCGAUCCACGCCCUCACCUCGGCCAAGUGUCGGCCAAGGCUUCGGAAACUCCCCCGCUGGCGCUCGUCUCGCCUCGACGCAUGGCCAUGCGAGGUCCUCAUGGCGCUCGCCGUCAGAAGGCCGCAUCGGGAGCGGACCACCCUGGGGCCCCGCAGACGGGGCGUGUCAGACACGGACUCCACGCUUUGACAUGGCGGCGCAAUCACCCAUGCGGAGGCAAGCUGGUGAAGGAGCCCCCUCUCCAGCACCAUUGCCGCACUCUUUCACCAUCUGUCGGUCGACGGGUUCGCUCACAAGCUCGAACCCGUCCUUCUACAUGAGCGCGAUGGGCGGAGGGGGUUUCAACCAAGCAGCUGUGCCGGCUGCCACCUACAUCGUGGACCUUGCCGACCCCGUGGAUCAGCUCUUGGGCAAUGCCCUUCGCAUGUUGGACGCGGCUGCAGCGUCCAAGCUCACCUUGCGCCGUCUCUCCCCGGGCCGCUAUGAGAUCGACGGGCGACGGGUCACCCUCCGUUGGGAACAGGGCGGCACUGGGCUUGUUGUUAUCGAAGAUGAGGUCUUGGAUGCGCGUGGCUCCGCGAUGCCGCUAGUAGCUUAUUUGAAGUCGGCUGGCAACGUGGCUGCCUCGCUCAGUGGCCAGCGCGCCGAUAUGCCAAAGAUCGCACGGGUGCCAAAGGCCCAGCGUCUGACCUUUGACGACGACGCACCCGCAGAGCAGAACCUGGCGUCACAGAUCGAGAAACUGGGAAGUGAGCGAUGCGAGUCCAUGCGUCUGGCGGUGGAACAAGCGAGGCUCAGGGAGGAGGCUGCCGAGAAGUACGAGAAGCAAAAUCGCAGCCAUGUGCUGCCUCCACCUCCACCUCAGAUACCGCCGAUGCGUUUAUGA